AUGAAGUUGUUCGAGAAUAAAUGUUAUUUAGUUGUUGUGCUUAUUCUAUACAUUAGUACAUUGUUGAAUGGUAAUGGUUCCAUUGUGGAUGAAGUAAAAUACAGUGAACAAGUAUGUAAUGAACAGGUGGAUUUAUACUUAUUAGUAGAUGGAUCGGGAAGUAUAGGAGAAGAAAACUGGAAAUCUAAGAUAAUGCCAAUGCUCUUUGGUAUGAUAAAAAAUUUAAAUAUUUCAAAAGAUGCCAUUAAUCUCUCUGUGAAUCUUUUUGGUAACACUUCUAAAGAACUUAUUAGAUUAGGUAGUAGUGAAUCUAUUAAUAGAUUAAAGGCAUUAAAUGUACUAGCUCAGUUUAAAAGAUAUCGCCCCAGUGGAACUACUAACAUGUCCGCUGCCUUAACAGAUGUGCUUUUACAUCUUAAGGAUAGAGUUAAUAGAAGUGAGGCUGUACAACUAGUUGUAAUUAUAACUGAUGGAGUUCCAAAUUACAAAUUUCGUGUUGUAAAUUUAGUAGGGGACUUAAGAAAAAAAAAUGUCAAGUUUGCAAUCGUUGGUGUUGGUAAUGGUAUUGAUAAUGAAUUCAAUAAACUGUUAGCUGGUUGUCCUCCAAGAGUACGUGAAUGUAAUUUAUAUGCACAAGCUUCUUGGAGUAAUGCAGUAAACAUUAUGAAACCUUUUCUACAAAAAAUAUGUAAUGAGGUAGAAAAAACUGCGCAAUGUGGCCCAUGGGGAGAAUGGUCCUCUUGUUCUGUUACUUGUGGAAAGGGAACCAAACAUAGAUCAAGGGAUAUAUUACAUGCAGGAUGUACAAGUGAAAUGACUGAAUCAUGUGAUAAUGGUGAUUGUCCUGUUGUACCUCCAGUCGCACCUGUUCUCCCUCCAAAUAUACGAGAUAUUAAUAGACCAGGUGGAAACGAUGAUGAUGAUCAUCAUCCAAAUUUUAGGAAGGGUUUAGAUGUCCCAGAAGAAGAUGAAGUUGCUCCACCAGAGGAUAGACCAGAGGAUAGACCAGAGGAUAGACCAGAGGAUAGACCAGAGGAUAGACCAGAGAAUAGACCAGAGGAUAGACCAGAGAAUAGUCCAGAGGAUAGACCAGAGAAUAGUCCAGAGGAUAGACCAGAGGAUAGACCACCACGUCGAGGUGAUGUAUUCGAUGUAAAUCCUGAUGAACCAAAUUCAGAAAGUAAAGAUAAACUUUUACCUAGUGAUAAAGAAGAUGAAGAAAACAAGAAUAAUUCUAAUUUACCAGAAGGACUGGAGGAACGACCUCAAGAGGGAGAAUCCUUACCAGUUGAACCAGAAGGUAACGAAAAUGUAGAAGAUAAUUUCCCACAAGCUCCAAAUGAUUUACCAGGAAAACAAAGACAACCAGAUAUUCUCAAUCCAGAUGGAGGCCCAAAUUUUGGAAAUAAUGAACAUCCAGGUUCCCCUUCUAAUAAUGAUUAUUCUGGAAAAGCUUAUACCCAUAUCCCCAGUCCAAUAGGUAAUGAAAAAAAUAGAAGUAACUAUAAUCAUAAUUAUUCAAAGAGUCCAAAUAAUAAUGGUCCAGAAGAUCGAGUUGCAAGACCACAUAAAGUAGACACUAAUACAGAGUCACCUAGGGAUUCUUAUAAUGCCAAUCCUGAAUAUGAUGAAACACGUGAAAGUCCAAAUUAUGAACAAAGAGAAGAUAAUGGAAAACGGAGCUCAAAUAAUAAUUAUAAAAUUGCUGGAGGUAUUAUUGGAGGUUUAGCUUUAAUAGGAUGUGCUGGAUUUGCUUACAACUUUAUUUCCCAUGGUGCUGCAUCUGGAUUAACACCUGAAAAUACACCUUUCGAUGAUGCAGUUCCAGAGGAAGAUAAGGAUCUUACUGAGAAUGACCAAUUCAAACUACCAGAAGAUAACGACUGGAAUUAA